AAGACUAUGGCAUUGACUUUUCUAAUUAAUUUUGAAUGCCAGAAAGCAGGAGCAAUACUCGGAGCAUAAAUAGACAGAUCUAAAGCACUCGAUAUGUCCAAAACAUCUUUACAGAGAGCAGAGCAGAGAUGUGCUAUUAGAUGAUUAAUGAUUUCUGGGUUUUGCUUCGAAUCCUACAUCGGUCAUCCAAGGGUUCCAGGUUCCUUCUGUGCUUUGCUAUGUCUGUAGCUCUGCUUCUUUCAUUAUUGUAACCGGGUUGGAACUGAUUAUAGGGGUUGGGGGAAAUUAAAUUUUGAAAUUUUGUGUUAGACGAAGAUUGGGUUUUGGUUGUCUUUCAGGUUGCUUAAUCAAGACAGUGAAUUAAGAAAAUGGGGAGCCAGGAGAGUGAUUCGUUUGAAAUCGAAAGUAAACACAAAGAAUUGGUUGAUUCUGUGAGAGUGAUGAUAGAUAAAUUGGAGAAUCCUAUAGUGUCCGAGCAAUGUAUAUAUAGAGCACCUUUGAAAGUUCGCGGAAUAAAUGAAGCAGCCUAUACACCUCGUGUCAUUUCAAUUGGCCCGUUUCACCAUGAAGAUGAGAGGUUGAAAUCAAUGGAAUCACUGCAACAGAUUAAAUUGAUUUACCUUAAGAGCUUUCUUGAUAGGACUAAGCUAAAAUUGGAGUUCUGUAUUAGCGAACUCAAAGCGCGGGAAACAAAAAUUCGAAAUUGCUAUGCAGAGAACAUUCAACAGAAGAGUGACGAUUUUGUGAGAAUGAUUCUAAUUGAUUCUUGCUUCAUAAUUGAGCAUUUCCUUAAAUAUUACAAGGCGGACCAAUGGAGAGAAAGCGAUCCUUUGUUCUUAAAACCGUGGCUCGCGGAAGAUGUAGCACAGGACUUGAUCUUACUUGAGAAUCAACUUCCAUUCUUUGUUCUUGAAGGACUUCACAACCUUGCCACUAAAAAUGAUCCUGAUCUUCCCUCAUUUCUUCAGAUUACUUUCAGGUACUUUAAGGCCCUCAACCAGCAAGCAACAAAAUAUGAUGUUGUGAGUGUGAGGCAUUUCACUGAUCUACUAAGAACAUUUUACUUAUCACCAAGCCGAAUAUUUCAAAAAAGAUCAGAAGUGGGCAGCAUAUUGGAGCAUCUAUAUUGUGCAAGUGAUCUAGUUAAGUCAGGAUUGGAGUUCAGGGAGAAUAAAACAAACAAAUGCUUACUUGAGUUACAAUAUGUUGAAGGUGUCUUAACAAUGCCACGUCUUGAUAUAUCUGAUAGGACUGAGAUUCAUCUGAGAAAUAUAGUUGCAUUUGAGCAAUAUCAUUAUCCUUCCGAGACCUAUAUUACCGAUUACUUGAAGGUCUUAGAUUUCCUAAUCAAUAGUGAGAGAGAUGUGGAUAUACUAAUUCACAAGAGAAUUAUCACUACUUUAUUGGGUGACAGCAAUGAAGUGGCUACUAUGAUUAAUCAUCUCUGCUCGAAUCUUAUCCAGCCAAAUAUGAACUUACAAUACUUGCUUAUAUGUAAGCAGUUGAAUGAGUUCUAUGAGGAACCUAUUCAUAAGUGGAAGACAAGCAUGAUACAUGAUUACUUCGGCACUCCUGUGAAAAUAGCAACUUCCAUUGCUGCUAUUGUACUACUUAUACUUACCCUUGUCCAAACCAUUUGUUCUGUCUAUCCACUAAUUAAGGGUACUUAAAUGGCUUAUCGUUUCAUCUUUGAAAUGUUAUGGAAUGCUUUUGU